CUGUCAAUACAGCCAAUUUCUGGUUCAGGCUCAUGAGAACCCAUGUUGAUACCCCGAUCUAUGGACCUGCCCUGAAUUGACCAGUCACAACGCCAUUCACAAAGGACCCUGCUCGGCCAACAAAUGUAUAAUUCUAUGUAACAGAUGUACAAUAGUAUAUACCAACCCUCCUCCAUGUGGCACAACUCUUGAAUAGUAAAAACCUCUAACAAGCCCGUCCAUCCGCUUGUCUUCACUAGUCGACUUCAAGUCAAGUCCACUCCAAUAGUCUCGUCUCUCGCUUGCUUCGUUCUCUUGCCACGUUUUUCAUCAUCCACCAUUAUGUCUUCGGCCGCCGCACCACCGGACCCAGCGGCAGCGGCCGCGGCUGCUGCGGCUGCUGCGGCUGCGAAAGCCGCUAUGCUUCAGUUCACCAUCGAGGCUUGGACACUCCUUUCUAUCGGUAUCGUCGUUACUAUGCUUCGAACAUAUGCCCGGAUAAAGGCAGUAGGAAUCAGACAUCUUCAAGCAGAUGAUUAUUUAGUUUGGGUUGGAGCGACCUUUUAUGCCAUUGAGACCAGUCUUGCGUAUUCGGUUGGUGCUGUUGCUCAAGGAUUAGCCAACAAUGGAAUGACGGAUGAGGCGAGAGCCGCGUUGUCGCCCGAUAGCGCGGAAUACAAGACGAGAGUUAUUGGCUCAAAGAUCCAAAUUGCUGGAUGGUCCUCCUAUUCGGUUCUUCUUUGGUCACUCAAGGCAUCUCUUUUGAUUUUCUACAUGCGUCUGACAGCGGGAUUAAAUCGAAGUUACCUUAUUCGUAUUUACAUCGGCUUUGGACUUCUCGGCACCAGUUUCGUCGUUAUCCUUAUGAACCUCUUCCUUGGCUGCCGACCGUUCCAUAAAUACUGGCAAAUAAACCCGGACCCUGGCAAUACUUGCCAGCCCGCCCUUUCAAACGAGAUCAUCUGGGUUUAUCUCUCGAUGAACGUGAUCACUGACUUAUACCUGAUUUCCAUCCCUGUUCCCAUGCUUUGGCAAUCAAGUUUAAAACCAGUGAAGAAGUUUGGCUUGAUCAUCCUCUUCAGUGGUGGUUUAUUCGUCGUGGCUUGUGCUAUUCUGCGUUGCGCUCUCAUCGUGACUGAUCCCGUCAAUGGUGCCCAACUAGCAGGAUCUUGGGCCGUACGAGAGACCUUCGUAGCCGUAAUAACGACAAACUUGCCCAUGGUCUUCCCUCUUUUAAAGCUAUGGUUAUCUCCCGUCUUCGGCUCGUUGCUCACCACGAUGCGCUCGCAGCAGAAGUUAACCGACAAGGAAUCGAGGAGCGACCUUCGAACGUUUGGUGGUGGCAGUCAUCAGAGCUGGCGACGACGAGGCGGUCCUCCGACGGCGAAUCCAAUCACCAACAUUACCUUCAACGAGAGCGAAGAACGAAUGGUUGAAGACGUCAAGAUGCAAGACCUCAAGGGUUGGACCGACUCGAGUACCACCGGUAGCAUCCCCACCGCGAACAAUAUCCGAAAACAUGUCGAGGUCGAAGUCGUCAGUGAAGCGCGGGAUGAGAAAGAACUAGUACACAACCGGCGUCACGUUGUUGGCGAUGAAGAAAACCAACAUCACGGAAACUUCUCCUUUGCUCGAGGGCCGCGAAGGACAAGUUACAGCGGCCAACCUCGAAUGUAAUAAAGAAAAAAGAUGAAAAAAAUACAUAAAACGGUAGAUAAAGGGCAACAUACUAAUAUUAUACAUAUUGUCAAAAUACCUCUCUUGACUGGCGCAGACGGUACAGUGAAGAAGUUGAAGAGGCUUUAGAAAAAAAAAGAUAAAAAGCGGGAUCAUUCGGGUUUCUUCUGCGGUGUUUCGUUGUAUAUGUACGAGGUGUACUUAUAUGUGGACUCCAACCCAUCGAUCGGGGUUAAUAGGGAUAGUUUCUUCUCAGAUUUGAACGGACUCUGGCUGGAUA